CGCGGCCCGGAGGAGCGGCGGCCAUGGCGGAGCGGCGCAGCGGGGCGGCCGAGGGCCUGGCCCGGCUCUCGGAGUGGGCGGACGCGCACCUGAGCCUGCUGCGGACAACCAAGUUUACAAGUGCUUUGGAUAUACCCGCGGCGUUUGUAGAAAAGAACGUGAAAUUGCGGGGCAAGUUACACCACAUCACCGAGAAAGGCCUGGAAGUGGAGCACGUCCCCAUUAGCAUUCCUUUCUUUACAUCGCUCCAGAGAAAGUGGCAGGGCCCAGGGCUGCUGCUGGUGCGGCUGGCGGGGGUGCAGCUGGCGCCCGGCGCCCUGGGCUGGCUGCAGCGGCACCUCAGGCCCUCGCAGAUCGUCUGGUUCCAGCUCCUCGGGAGGGAGGACGAGGCGCUCGAGUGCCUGGUUUUAGUAAACAAGGGGCGAUUUCUCAGCGUGUGCUUAAAUGAGGAGAUCCUGCGGCAGGGGCUGGGCAGAGCAGCGCGCGUGGAUGGGCUGCACCACGAGUCCCGUCUCUACUGGAGGCUGCACAAGAGGCUCCUGCGCGCCGAGCUGAAGGCCUUGAAGAAAAAGAAGGGAAUAUGGAAAGAAGAAAGUUACUCGGAAAGAAUUAGAGAUCGUAUAAGCAGCAAUAAAUUUGUACAGAUGCUGAAACAGUUUGUGAGCUGGUUAAGAAACUCUGUGUAAGGUAAAAAGACUUGUCUGGAGGAAUGGUGGUUGCCUGUGUUAAGUGCUUUGUGGACAGUAGAAGUUUAUGAUGAAAAACAGUGCCAUAAUUUAAAUGUAACAUUUAAAUGCUUCUCUGGUACGUGUCAUUACUACAUGGCUUAGAAAACUCCAUUUCAGACCUUUAUAAAGCUUGUGGUAUGUGUUUAUAGACAAGCGUUUUGUUUGAUUUCUGUUCUUAUGCUACUUUUGCAUGUUAUCUGUGGUUUAAAAAUCUUUCAUCUUGAGUAAUGGGUUGCAUUGUUAUCCACAUAAAAGGUGAUUUGUUAUGGCAGAUCUUAAAAAGCCGAUAAGGUCAUAACAACCGGAGUUUCUUGGAAAAAAUAUCACUUGGUAUAUCAAAGAGUAUAAGAUAAUAUGUCAAUAAUCCAGAUUUUUAGAAGACAACAUUCACUCGAAGAAGAAAAACCGAUGCUGUUUUUUUUCUGAUGGUUCUGUAAAUAUCUAAAAUCAGAUUGAAAUAAAACUUGAAGAUGCAAUUUGGAAAGGUGGACCACACUGCGCUAAGAACUUAAAUUCUCGCUUUAUUUUUGAAAUAUGUUAAGUAUAUCAGAGUCUAUUGUUAUUUAUUUUGUAAGUGUUCUCAGAAUAAAGAUUGAAUUUCUUA